GACGAAAGACUACUCCCUACCUCCAUCGUCUUCUCCUUCUGCUUACUGUUUCCAUUUCGCAUUACUCACAAACCCUAACCCUAAUUUUUCUACUUCCCUCGGACUCUUCCUAACUCAAACACUCGUUUUGAUUUAGAUAUUAACCUCAUCGACUCUCUCUUUAACAAAACCCUAAUUUUCAACCUCCCACCCCCCACUGAUCAUGGCCACCUCCGCCGCCGCCACCAAUCACGUGAGCGAGUCUACUCGUCACGUGAGCAGCCCUACUUCACAAUCACGCCGUCCCUCUCGGGACCUCUCUUCUCCCUGGUCUCAAAUCGUCCGCGGCGAAUCAGACCCACCGCAGACGCCGACGAUCGCCCCCGCCGCCGCCACCGCAACCACCGCUCCUUCCAAGGCACCGAUUGCUUCUCCUUCCGUUGUUACUCCGUCUCUUUUGACGGUGGAAGAGAAAUCGGAGGAGGCUGGUGAUCAGGGGAAUGCUGGAAAGAGACCAGCUUGGAAUCGGUUGUCCAAUGGGUCUUCUGAGAUUGGGCCUGUGAUGGGAGCUUCUUCGUGGCCUGCUCUUUCCGAGACUACUAAAGCUUCUUCCAACAAGUCUUCCUCUGAUUCAAGUCUUGGCGAUGUAUUACCCUCGUCCGUUUCUCAGGGAGCUGCGAGUGCUUCUGUUCCUGCGCCUAAGCAAGUAGGCCGUGCGAACAACCCUAAUCCAACACCAAACAACUCGCGCCAGAGAUCAUUUAAACGGAAUAGCUCCUCAGGAGCCGCUGCUAAUGGUACUGCUUCUCAGACAACAGCUCAGGGUUCACUCGUUGAAGGCACUUCGCAUAAUCCUUCUCCUAGAGGGCAGAAUCAGAGGAAUGGCAUUGCAUCGCAAACUCACGGUGGUGCUGAGAACCAACGAGACUCGCACAGGAACCAGAAUGGUAAUAAUCAUCAUCACCAAAAUCAUGGUGGCAGGCGCAAUCAGGAGCACGGGAAUCAUAAUUGGAGUUUCAACAGAAGCUUUAAUGGGAGAGAUGGAAAUGCACAAUCACAAAGAGCAUUUGUAAGAUACGCACCACCGCCGCCACCACCUGUGCAGGCAAUUCCUCCUCAGUUUAUGGCAGCUCAGCCUCUUCAGUCUUUUGGCGGUCCUGUGCCUUUCCCUCCUGAAUUGGCACCACCGUUUUAUCCUGGUAUGCCUUUUGUUGGUCCUCUUUCACCUGGUCCAGUCUUCUACCAUGUCCCAGAUUCUCCUUUAAACAUGAAACUACAGAAUCAAAUACAUUAUUAUUUUAGUGAAGAGAAUUUGAUUAAAGACACGUAUCUUCGUGGCCACAUGGAUGAUCAGGGUUUUCUUCCGCUAAGUGUGAUUGCUGGUUUCAGAAUGGUUGCAGAACUUACAAAUAGCAUCCAGGAAAUAGUGGAGGCUCUACAAGGUUCACCUUUUGUUGAAGUGCAGGGUGACAGAAUAAGGAAGCGCCAUAAUUGGCAACAUUGGUUGAUUCCUAAAGAUACGAAGCCUGCGGCUCCAAGCCCUCAAUCUGUUGAUGCAGUAGCAAGCCGAGUUGGAAAUUUAUCGAUUGGCCAGAGCUCAGCAGAGCCAAUUGGUGGUUCAGGUAGUCAGCUGCAACCUGAGGAAGCAGAAAACAAAGCUGUUUCAGCUGAUCAGCCUGAGUCUUCUGGUGUUGGUCCAGUGAGCAACAGGAAUAGCUCAGGUGGUGCAAUCCGUUGAACCAUCACCAUGUUUGGAGAUGUUGGUUAGUGUUGGAGAUGAAGCGUAUUAUUUUGUUCUGCCCAAAAAUCAGGAAAAACAAUAAUUAAGGGGAAUCCAAAAAAAAGGUAAAGGUAAUGGCAUAAACCAAAAAGAGACUCGUAUUAAAAAAAAAAAAAAAAGGACAAAAAAACAGAGAAAGGAUCAAACAUUUGUGAUUCUUCUAGCUAGCGGAAACUGUUGCAUGUUUAUGUUUUUUGGUUUUGGUUUUGGUUUUUGGUUAUUUUUGAAUGUUACUAAUAACUUUCUUUAAGCUUAUGCUACUUUGUUACAUACAAUGGGCAUUGACGGUUACUUGUAACCAUUGUUAUGGUAUGGGCUUAUCGGUUGUUUUCACUACUCUCUUGAAUUAUUCUUUUUCUUCAGUGGGGAGUUUAGUUAUGAGAAGAGUC